AUGAUGAAAGUAUUUGAGAUGUCUGAUCUUGGACAACUGAAAUACUUCCUUGGCUUGGAGGUCACACAAUACAAGGAUUCUCUGUUCGUUUCUCAAUGGAAGUAUGCUGAAGACCUUUUGAGCAAAGCUGGGUUGUUGCACUGCAAUCCUGUUGGCGGACCAAUAAAUCUGAAUGAAAAACUGCAAAUGAAGGAUGGAUCCGGGGAUGUAGAUUGCACCAAAUACAGGAGAAUAGUAGGGAGCCUUCUCUACCUUACUCACACUCGCCCUGACUUAAUGCAUGCCGUCUCCGUAGUUGCACGCUUCAUGCAAUCGCCAACAAAGCAUCAAUAUGGGGCAGUCAAGCGAAUCUUACGAUAUGUAAGUGGCACCACUGGAUACGGAUUACAUUAUGCUAAGAAUGACCAAUUCAAGCUUGUUGGGUAUUCCGACAGUGAUUGGGGAGGAUCGCCGGAGGAUCGUCGGAGCACUACUAGAUGGGUCUUCUCACUCGGUUCAGGAGCGGUGGCUUGGUGUUCCAAGAACCCCGUUCACCACAGUCGAACAAAACAUAUCGACACAAGAUACCACUACAUCCGUGACCUGAUUAAAGACAAAGUCAUCAGCGUGGUUCACUGUAGCACCCAUGAUCAGCUCCAUGGUCUUGCUGUUAAAAUGGGACUGUAUAUGGAUACACUGAUAGGAAACAGCCUCAUUACCAUGUAUGUCAAAAAUGGGGAGAUUUCUGAUUCAUGGCAAGCUUUUAAGUCUGUAUCGGAAGCCGAUAUCAUCUCUUGGAACUCCAUUGUCCACGCUCACCUCCAGAAUGAGCAAUUUGAGCAAGCGUUGGCUCUGUAUGUCCAAAUGAAGGUUUUGGGCUUUGAACCAGAUGAAUUUAGCUUUGUUGCUGCUCUGGCAGCUUGUGGUGAAUUGGCUUGGUGCAAUACUGGAAGAGGAGUUCAUUUCAAUUUGGUAAAGAUUGGCAUGACACCAAAUGCAUUUGUAGGAAGUGCGCUCAUUGGCAUGUAUUCCAAAUUCACAGCCACAACCGAUGCUAAGAGGGUCUUUGACACGAUUGAAGACAAAGACCUUGUCACAUGGAACUCACUGAUUUCUGAGUUUGUUUAA